AAAAGAAAAUACCUGCCUUCACCAAAAAAAUUAAAUUAAUAUAAGAAAUCCGAAGGCGAUGAAGGAAAAAACCAGCGCGGGGAGUGGGGCCGAGCGGCGAUUACGGAGCCGAUCCUUCUAACAACACAACCUUCGUUUCUUGAAGAAAAUCGUCGGCCUGUCGAAUACAGGGCCAAACCGUCGCAUCGACUUCCAUUACCAAUGGCGUUUUCUUCUUCUCUAUCUCCGAUUUCCUUGCCGCCUUCUUUCACCUCCCAUUCUGAAGCAACUUCUCUGUGUUUUACUACUUUCGAUUUUCUAAAUCCUCAAAGGCGGAGGUGUACCAAGUUCCGAGGUUUGAAUUGUCACCCUCUGGCCUCGAUUUCGCCUUCAAGAACCGUCGCUGCCGUUGAUGUGUCAUCGGCAGGAGUUGCAAAUGCGAGCGGACCAGUUACUUCAUUCAGUAAUUUGAUUGAAUCUUUAAUUAAUCGCGUGGAUUUGUCGGAGGAUGAAGCGGAGGCGUCUCUUCAGUAUCUUCUUGACGAUGCUAGUGAGGCAGCAAUUAGUGCUUUCCUUGUGUUACUCAGAGCGAAAGGAGAGACUUAUGAAGAAAUUGUGGGACUUGCGAGGGCGAUGAUCAAGCAUAGUGUGAAGGUGGAUGGCUUAUUUGAUGCCGUUGACAUUGUUGGAACAGGUGGUGAUGGAGCAAACACAGUAAACAUCUCAACUGGUGCUUCGAUACUUGCUGCAGCAUGUGGCUCAAAGGUUGCCAAGCAAGGAAACCGUUCGAGUUCGUCGGCAUGUGGAAGUGCUGACGUCUUAGAGGCAUUGGGGGUAGUUAUUGAUUUGGGCCCUGAGGGAGUUGCCAAGUGUGUCGAUGAAGUUGGAAUUGGCUUCAUGAUGGCUCCCAAAUACCAUCCUGCAAUGAAGGUUGUCAGUCCUGUCAGGAAGAAGCUAAAAGUAAAAACUGCAUUUAACGUACUGGGCCCUAUGCUUAAUCCGGCAAGAGUCCCCUUCGCCGUUGUUGGUGUAUAUUCUGAGAACUUGGUCUCCAAAAUGGCUAACGCACUGCAACUAUUUGGCAUGAAAAGAGCAUUAGUAGUCCACUCUGAGGGUUUGGAUGAGAUGAGUCCCCUUGGACCAGGACAUAUUCUUGAUGUAAAACCUGGAAAGAUUGAGAAGUUUUCAUUUGAUCCACUGGAUUUUGGCAUCCCUCGCUGCACCAUAGACGACCUUCGAGGUGGAGACCCUGAUUAUAACGCAGAGGUGUUGAAGCGUGUGCUAUCUGGGGAAAAGGGGCAUAUUGCAAAUGCACUUAUCCUGAAUGCUGCUGCUUCCCUUCUAGUUAGCUGCAAAGUAAACACCUUAGCCGAAGGAAUCGAGGUGGCUCGUGAAACUCAACAGUCUGGAAAAGCCAUGAAAACCCUUGAUUUGUGGAUCAAACUCUCCAAUAAGCUAUAAGAAGUAUAUGCAUAGAAGCACUUAAAAAUUGAGCUGCUGAGUAAAGAUUACGAAGAGUUGGAGCUUGUUUCUUUUGAAUGUCAGACAAGUUGUUUCAAAGAAGAUAAUCCGGCUUUUAUCAGCUGCAUCCUACAGCUUGAGUUGACUAUCUUUUUAUGAUCAAAUCAAAUAGUUAACUAUUUAAAUAAAAUAUAAUUCUUUUUUGUUUUUUCUCCUUAAUAAGGUGCAGUUGAGGGCCAGAGAAUUUGAAAGAAAAUUUUAAAUCAACUGAGGCUUAACAUUGGAAAGCUGAAUCAUAUAACCUCCAUGGUGGAGUAUGUAAUUGUAGACAAUCCUUGUCGUAAUGUUCGUAAUAAAGCUGUGGAAGGUUUAUGUUUGGACAUUUA